UGAGCUCUCAUGUCACUAGUGACAUUUCCAUCCACUCAACCUUUCUGCACACCUGAAGCUCAGACCUGCAUUAUGCAGCAACCGGCAAGACAGAGGCUGAGGCCAUGGCUGGAGGAGCAGAUUCAGUCGGGGAAGUAUCCAGGUGUCAGCUGGCUGGAUCAGUCAGCUCGGAUCUUCCAGAUUCCUUGGAAGCAUGCUGCUCGUCAUGGUUGGAGCAUUGACCGGGAUGCCACGCUCUUUAGGAGUUGGGCAAUGCACACAGGAAGGUACCGUCCAGGCAGAGACAAGCCUGAUCCUAAGACGUGGAAAGCAAACUUCCGAUGUGCCUUGAAUUCCCUGCCUGACAUCUGUGAGCUGCGGGAACACAGCAGGAAGAGAGGCAGUAAUGCCUACAGAGUCUACAGAAUGCUGCCCAGUUCUCAAACACGCAGAAGAAGAAGAGGACUGUUCAGCAGACCCCAAGAGAUACAGAGAGGCUUAGGAGACCACAGAAUCGACAACACAUAUACCUCACAGCAAACCUGGCAGCCUACAACAGCACUACCUGUGUCAGAACCACCGCAUAAGCUGGAGACAAGCGCACAACAUUGCUUCAACAGCCAUGAAGCACAUGGUCUGUGGGAGUCCAAACUUGAGGAACAGGAACCAAGUGAAGCGGCCUAUAAGCUAACUGACCAUUUAAACACUGAGCAAUGGAACCAGACUUGGGAUCAAAGAGGAUGGAGGACGCAUCCUCCGUGGGACCAACAACAAUGUGCUGGUGAGGAGAACCCUUAUCCUCUUCAGACGGAGAACUACGGUGAUCUGUUUGGCCCAAACUACAUCAAAGAACUCUCAGACUGGUCCACACAGCAGCAAACACUAAUGCUGUAGCUGUUUGGAUCCUCUUUUCUAUCUUUAUUUAACACUUAUUUGUUGAGUUAGUGAUUUCCCGUAAAUGCUUCUGUGUUUUCCUGUUUCUGCUGCACGGACUACUGAACAACAGCAAGGAAAUAAAGUUGGGGCCGAUAUUAUAGCCCUGUCAAUCACUCAAUUCUGGGAACGCUGCAAUAACAGGAUCUGGUUCCAAGCCAAGCAUUGCGGCUGCUGCUAUCAUCAUAUGUGUUCACUGUGGUUCAGUGACUCACACCCAUGAAAAUGACACCAAGCUUGCAGCGUAGCUUUCAGAUAAAAAAAUAAGAUCAGAUUUAAUCCCAGCAAAAGAUAUGGUAUCGAUCUCUACUCUCAGGCUGUCACAAUGCUUAAGUUUAUGUUUUUAUAUGCAAUUCAUAAUUUGUUUAUUUCUUUAUGACUACGAAGAAAGUUAAACAACAUUUUAUUAAACAAUGUACAAACAAAUGUGAUUCUUUGUCUUUUUUUUUUGUAACUGUGUUUUAAGUUGUUUUUUUUUUUCUUUUAAUUUCCAUAACAGAUGUUCCU